AUGAUCCUACUAGAAACACCAGAAGCCAGCAACAUUAGUGAACCAGGUCCUUCUGGUUUGCAGAAGUUUGUAAGUCCGCAAGAUAUUCAACCUGAUAUGAUCCUACUAGAAACACCAGAAGCCAGCAACAUUAGUGAACCAGGUCCUUCUGGUUUGCAGAAGUUUGUAAGUCCACAAGAUAUUGAACCUGAUAUGAUCCUACUAGAAACACCAGAAGUCAUCAACAUUAAUGAAACAGGUUCUUCUGGUUUGCAGAAGUUUGUAAGUCCGCAAGUUAUUGAACCUGCUAUCCUACUAAAAGCACCAGAAGCAAGCAACAUCACUGAAUCAGGUCCUUCUGGUUUGCAGAAGUUUGUAAGUCCGCAAGAUAUUGAACCUGAUAUGAUCCUACUAGAAACACCAGAAGCCAGCAACAUUAGUGAACCAGGUCCUUUUGGUUUGCAGAAGUUUGUAAGUCCGCAAGAUAUUGAACCUGAUAUGAUCCUACUAGAAACACCAGAAGUCAUCACCAUUAAUGAACAAGGUCCUUCUGGUUUGCAAAAGUUUGUAAGUCUGCAAGUUAUUGAACCUGUUAUCCUACCAAAAGCACCAGAAGCAAGCAACAUCAGUGAACCAGGCCCUUCUGGUUUGCAGAAGUUUGAAACAUAA